CUUUUUGCGGAGGAUACCGGUUAUAUGGCGAUAUGGGGUAUGGGGGUUAAUUAGUUAAAUCGAUAGGCAGUCGCGUUGUUAUAGAAAUGUGUUUAAUCUUAAAGUCAACGAGCGAGCGCAGCGAGUUGUGAAUCGAUCGACAGCGAACAUGUCGGCGUUCGGCCGAAGAGUCGUUCCUAGUCUCGACACGACAUUUUAUCGUCGGUAUGGCAAAUUUACCCCUUUUACCGGGAUACACCUUUCGAGACAUUAGCGUCAAGGAUUACAAAUUGCCGCACAAGCUUGAUGUUUUAAAUGGCUUUCCUGUGGUACGCGAUACCAAUUACGGCAUCGGAAGAAGAUUAACGGACGCAGCAUCCGUUCGAUAUGCCGAAGGUCUAGAUCCCGUGGAAUAUGAUAUAUCAUCGGUUUAUGGCCGGGUGCCUUGCUACGUGUAUCGGCAAUUCGUGCCACAUUACGCGGUGUUCGCGCAAAAGUGCCUUCGCUUCAAGGCCUUCUUUCGCCAAGGAGUCUUCAAUUCCCCAGAGGAGCAUUAUCGCGUUCGUCAUGUAGACAUCAUCUAUUAUCUGGAAGACGACACGCUCUGCGUGAUAGAGCCUGUGGUAAAGAACGCUGGUUUCCGGCAGGGCAAGCUGGUGAGACGCGGCAGAAUCCCGAAAAAUGUCAAGAGAGACCUGUUCAUCUGGAAAGAUUUCAAUGUCGGGAUUGAUGUUUGCAUUUAUGGCGUGGUUUAUCACAUCGUCGACUGUGAUCCGUUCACCAGAGAGUUCCUGACGAGUCAAGGCAUCGAUGUCGGCGAAAAGGAGAGUCUUCCCGCGGAUCCUUACACGGAGCAGCGCGACGCCAAGUGCAGAACACCGACGGGGAUCACGCGGGCGUUGGGCGAUGAUCCUCGGCGACGCUUCCUGGAAUACGACGGUAUGGUGCUGUCGUUCGAUGCCACGUGGAACGACGAUCACUAUCGAGUGAUGUAUUUCCUGACGGAUGAUACCGUGGCAAUCCGGGAGAUUCACGAGCCCAACGACGGCAAGGAUCCCGUGGCGAUGCUGCUGAGGCGAAUGCGCGUACCCAAGAACUGGCAGAGUCUACCGUCUUGGCACCCGAGUAUCUACAUGGAAUACGGGGAUCCCGAAAUCGUGGAGUACUGCACGCCGCAAGAUUUUAGAGUAGGCGAAACGAUCCUCCUAUUCGGACGACGCUUCCUGUUGCACGAUUGCGAUGCUUUCACGCGCAAAUAUUACUCCGACAUGUUGGGUACACCGCAACCAGACGCGAUUCCGGUUCCCGCGAGAAUGGAAAGGCCAGCGCCGGCGAAGUACGAGAUACCACCGCACAUAAAGUUUGGCAGUCCCGAGGACACGUACGCCAGCUGUUUGUCGUUCAUACCGAAGCCACCCAAGAAGAAUGUUAUUCGUCAACUGGCAAACUUCCCGAAGAAGCUGCGCUACUCUGCGCGAAUGGAUGCGGUGCACCCAGAGGAUGAGGGUCGCGACUUCGUGAUGGAGUACAGCCUGAGCGACGGCACCAUUCAAAUCAACGAGACCGAGAAGCGUAAUUCGGGUCGACGCGAGGGUUGCUUCCUAUCCUCCAGGCUGAUUCCGAAGCCGUGUACGGGAAAGGACAAUCCGGAGUACUAUACGCCGCAGGAUCUUUUCAUUGGCGCGCGCAUUAACGUGUACAAUCAUCGCUUCGUCAUUACCGGCGCUGAUCUGUUCGUGUAUCGCUAUGUUGAGGCGAACCGCGACAAAUUCUGCCAGGAAGUCCGGGAGAACCUGCGCGAUUAUUUUCUUCAGCAGGGUAUGCUGCAGGAUGACGUGGACAUUGAAGCUAAAAAGAUACAAGAAAGGGAAAAUGAACAGAAGCUUCUUGCGGAUAAUAUAAUCGCGCAAAACGUGGAGGAUGAUGUUAAUGCGAACAAAUGCAUGGACAAAGAAUUCGACAUGAUUGGUCAUAAAGAAUUGAUAACGGCUUAAUUAAUCAAUUAACGCAUGAAUGGAUUUAUCGGUGUUUUCAAUACCGAUCCCUUAAUCGAUUCAAACCUAUGAGGUUUGCUAAUAAAUUUUACAAGCAAUUUUUCUUGUCCUUUAUAAAAAUAGCACUACCUUAUACAGAGUAAUCCUGAAUAAUAUUGACAAAAAAUUGUUUCUUUGAAACAGAUUUAGAUUUCUUUUUAAUCAAAAGCAGAACGUUGAAUUAUCAAUAGUUUUUGAGUUGAGUGCCAUAUAAAAUUUAAUAUUUAUUUUUAAUUUUUAAUUUUACAUGAUUUUUUAUAAAAUUUAAAAACUAAAUUUUUUAAUUUUCAAAUAAGAGCAUCUACUUAUACUUAACGCUAAAGAA